UAGGUUAGUCGAAGUCCACCCGGAACUUUAGUGCCAUUUGCUGUUUCCGGGAGAGCUGACAGGAAGUGGGUAUCUGCGGACUUCCUGCAGCCGUUACCCCGGGAAUGGCCCUGGAGGGGCUGUCAGCGUACGUGUAUAAGGCGGCGGCGGAGGGCCGGGUGCUGACCCUGGCCGCCCUGCUCCUCAACCGGACGGAGUCGGAGGUUCGCACGCUGCUCGGCUCGGUCACCCAGCAUGGCGGGCAGCGAUCCACGCCGCUCAUCAUCGCCGCCCGCAACGGGCACAGCAAGGUGGUCCGACUGCUGCUGGAGCACUACCGGGUGGACACACAGCAGAUCGGCACCGUGCGAUUCGAUGGUUAUGUCAUUGAUGGAGCAACAGCCCUCUGGUGUGCAGCUGGGGCAGGGCACUAUGAAGUUGUCAAACUAUUAGUCGGCCAUGGAGCUAAUGUGAACCAUACAACAGUAACCAAUUCAACGCCUCUUCGUGCUGCCUGUUUUGAUGGUAGACUUGACAUUGUGCGAUUCCUGGUGGAAAAUAAUGCAAACAUAAGUAUUGCCAACAAAUAUGACAAUACGUGCCUAAUGAUCGCUGCUUAUAAGGGCCACACGGAUGUAGUUCGCUACCUUUUGGAGCAGAACGCUGACCCUAAUGCCAGGGCUCAUUGUGGGGCCACAGCUUUGCACUUUGCUGCUGAAGCUGGACACUUGGACAUUGUGCGAGAGCUUGUUAAGUGGAAGGCAGCCAUGGUUGUAAAUGGACACGGGAUGACGCCCUUAAAGGUAGCAGCGGAAAGUUGUAAAGCGGAAGUUGUGGAGCUGCUUCUUGCACAUUCGGAUUGUGAUCUCCAUAGCAGAGUGGAGGCACUUGAGCUGCUAGGAGCCUCCUUUGCCAAUGACCGAGAAAACUAUAAUAUCACUAAGACUUAUCAGUACUUGUACCUGGCAAUGCUGGAACGUUUCAGAGAUCCUGACAACAUCCUCCACAAGGAAGUUCUUCCUCCUGUUCCAGCCUACAGCAUGAGAACAGAAUGUCGCACCCCGCGAGAGUUGGAUUCUAUACGCCAUGAUUCAGAUGCAUUACACAUGGAAGGGCUUAUUGUACGUGAGCGAAUACUUGGCUCUGAUAACAUUGACGUAUCGCACCCAAUAAUAUAUCGAGGUGCAGUGUAUGCAGACAACAUGGAAUUUGAGCAUUGUAUUAAGCUCUGGCUGCAUGCACUACAGUUACGUCAGAAAGGAAACCGCAACACACAUAAAGACUUGCUAAGGUUCGCUCAGGUCUUCUCCCAGAUGAUUCACCUAAAUGAGCCAGUUAAGGCGCACGAUGUGGAGAGCGUGUUGAGAUGUAGCGUCCUGGAGAUCGAACGCGGGAUGUCUCGAAUUCAGAACCCACAAGAGCCUGAUCCUCACUCCACACUGGAAAACCACGAAUGCAAUCUUUGCACUUUUCUCUACCUCGUCUGUAUUUCCACCAAGACUCAGUGCUCUGAAGAAGAGCAGUCCCGCAUUAAUAAACAGAUCUAUCGGCUGGUGCACCUUGACCCUCGCACCCGAGAAGGAAACAGCCUUCUCCAUCUAGCAGUUGACUGCAGCACGCCUGUAGAUGAUUUUCACACGAACGAUGUUUGCAGCUUCCCCAGUGCCCCUGUCGCCAAGUUGCUUAUAGACUGUGGUGCAAAUGUUAAUGCCACAGAUGAUGCAGGGAACACCCCCCUCCAUCUGAUUGUACAGUACAACCGUCCCAUUAGCGACUUUCUCACACUGCAUUCGAUUAUUAUCGGCUUGGCAGAGGCUGGUGCUCACACAGACAUGACUAACAAAGAAAAGAAAACCCCACUAGACAGGAGCACUACAGGAGUAGCCGAGAUCCUACUAAAGACACAGAUGAAGCUCAGCCUGAAGUGCCUGGCUGCUCGAGCCGUGCGAUUGCACAAUAUUAAAUACCAGAAUCAGAUUCCCAGAACACUUGAGGAAUUUGUGGAAUUCCAUUAAACGUUCGUGUGGAUAAAACCCAUGCUUCUUCUGUGCACGUUAUUCUCUCCAGGGUUGGAUGUAGUCCAUUCCUAAAUUUCAAUUUGCCUUUAGUGGCAGAGCACGGGGAUGAUCCAACACAGUCCCCUUUCCUCCAGUGUACUGUCUCUUCCUGUGCUAUAUGCAGGACUAUAAUGCAGAUUCAUGUGGAACAACCUACUCUAUGGCAGAAAGCUGCUGUACUUUUCAAUAGAUGUCUCUGAGACAUGAAAUAAGGUGCUU